AUGGAUCAGUGCAACAAGGUGUGUAGCCCCAUGGUUCAUGGGAACAAGUUGAUUAGAGAUGAAAAUGGAAAAUAUGUUUAUGCUACUAACUACAGACAAAUGACAGGAUGCCUGAUGUAUUUGCUUGCAACUAGGCAUGAUUUGACCUUUUAUGUAUGCUUAGUUGCAAUAUAUAUGGAGAGACCUACAAAGAUUCACUUAGCUGCAAUCAAAAGAAUAAUGAGGUAUCUCAAAGGCACUAUGGAUCUUGGUAUUUGGUACAAAAGAAAUGAAGAUACGAAACUGGUGGGCUGGUCUUAUAGUGACUAUGCAGGUGAUUUAGAUGAUAGAAAAUCUACAUCUGGUUAUGUCUUUAUGCUUGGCUCAAGUGCCAUUUCAUGGUCAUCAAAGAAACAUGCCAUUGUCACCUUAUCUACUACUGAAGCAGAGUUUGUAGCAGCUGCUUUAUGUACUUGCCAAGAUAUUUGGUUGAGAAGAAUUCUUUAA